UCGCGAUUCGCGAAAGUGGAAAUUGAAAUUGAGAAUUUUAUUCAUUGAUAAUAAUAUUAUUAUUAUCUACACGGUGAUCUGCAGUAUUAAUUUUAUUAAAAAAAUUAAAUUCUGUGAGCUACGAAGGUGGUUCGAACAACAUAAUGUACUUGUUGAAAAUAUGAUAAAAUAAAAGUUAGUGCGUUAGUUUCAUCACUAUAAACUUUAUGCCAUGUUGGUAAUCGUCGUGAAGUAGUGCUUGCGCCGAUAGUAAAUUGUAUAUAUUAUAAGAAUAUAACAGAAGACUACAAUGGAGGAGGAAGACAGUACCUGGUUAAUAGAGCUAGAGUCAGCGCUGCUAGAUGGGUGCACACCACAAGAGAUAAACACAAUAACCAAGGGCAAGAAGAUUCCAGAGAGUCUCAGGCCCGAUGUCUGGCUGGUGUGUCUGAACUGUCAAGAUGCCAGUAACCAGCUGCUCGCCUUUGAUGAGAUCUUUGACCUACCAAACCAGAAUAUAUUGAGAGACGAUGUAAAAAAAUUCGUAACCAAAUUAGACAAUGAUGACGAUGAAAAGUUGUCUGUUAUAUCCGACAUAGAGUCAAUAAUAACAUUCUACUGUAAAUCUAAAUUGAUGAACUACUCCUCCAACAACGGCUGGAUAGAAAUCUUGUUCCCCCUUUUGAGCCUCAAACUACCUAGGGCCGAUACCUACAAUCUAUUCGAGAAGAUCCAAAAACUUUAUAUUCCCUGCGGUUGCGUGGCCAACGGUGUUCCCUUUCACAUCCUGAGAUUGGUCCUCCAGUACCACGAUCCCGAGCUGUGUUCAUUUCUGGACACCAAGAGGAUAACUCCAGAGAUGUACUGCAUGCCGUGGUUGAGGUCCCUGUUCGCCGGGACCUGCAACCUGGAAGUGGUCCUGUUCAUGUGGGACCUGUAUUUUCAGAGGUCUGACCCGUUCUUUAUAUUCUUUCUGAGCCUGAUCAUGAUCAUAAAUGCGCGGGAGCAGCUGCUGCAGAUGAAGGACGCGGACAAAACGACCAUCAUCCACAAGAUAAGCACGAUGCCCGGCGACCUGGACGCCAACGACGUGUCGGAUUUCUGCUCGCUGGCGCACUACUACUCGCUGAAGACGCCGGCGUCGUUCCGCGAGGACGUGGCGGACGUGCUGUUCUCCGACAGCGGCGAAGACGUCACCGCCAAGCUGUACGCCGGCGCGCUGUGCCUGCCCGUCGCCGUGCACGAGCUCAUCGCCGGUGCCACCGCUGACCCCGCCGACUCCGACGUCGUCAAGUUCUUCCUGGUGGACUGUCGGCCCGCGCCGCAGUACCGCGCCGGCCACCUCGCCACCGCCUUCCACCUCGACUGCGACCUCAUGCUGCAGGAGCCCAGCGCCUUCGACACGGCCGUGCAGGGCCUGCUCAACGCGCAGCGCCAGGCGCUCGCCGCCGGCUCCGCGGCCGCCGGCGACCACCUGUGCUUCGUCAGCUCCGGCCGCGCCGAGGAAGAGCCCUCCGCGCACAUGGUCGUCGCCGCAUUCCUCAAGCGCGCCGUGCGCCGCGUCUCCGCGCUCGACGGUGGCUUCGCGGCCAUCCACGACUACUUCGGCCCGCACAUGGUCGAGUGCCUCGAGGACCACGACCCCGCCGCGUGCCUCGUGUGCGCGCCCGCCGCGCCCGGCGCCGCCGAGCCGCGGCCCGCGCGCCGCCCCGACCUGUCCGCCGUGCGGCUGUUCGGGAAGGUGUCGUCCGCCAUGCGCGCCAAGGGGCAGGAGGUGCGCGGCAAGCUGAUCGAGUACAUCGUGAACCCGGCGGGCGGCGGGGGCGCGGGCGGCGGGGAGUGGCACGUGUCGGCGGCUGCGGGGGCAGCGGGGGCGCGCGCGCGGCGCUACCGGGACGUGCCGCCGGUGUUCAGCAUCACGGACGAGGAGGAGGGCCCGCCGGCGGCGCCCGCCGCGCCCGACCCGCCCGCCGACUUGCGCGAGCUGCUGGGCGCGCCCGACGUGGUGGCGGCGUUCGCGUGCCGCGAGGUGCUGGCGGACGGCAACAUGCACGACGCGCACCUGGUAGUGACGCGUGCGGCGUUGCUGGUGCUGCGGCACGCGGGCGGCGGACGCGCGCGCGUCGUGUCGCGCCGCCCGCUGGCGACGGUGGUCAAGAUCACGGCGAAGAAGCGGCACCCGGAGCUGAUCACGUUCAAGUACGGCGUGCCGGCGGGUGACGAGCUGCUGGUGCGCGACAUGGACCGCUUCCUCAUCCCGGACGCCGCCGCCGCCACGCGCCUCGUCUCCAACCAGAUCGUGCAGCAGCUGGACAAUACGCAGUAGCGCGCCGCCUGCGAGUGGUGCAUCAUUUAUUUCGGUUCCUUGAAUUUAUACUCGUAUUUCGUUCGACAUUUUGGAUACUACAAUUUAAAAUUAUAUUUCGUCCCGAACAUCGACACUCUGUCCCUGUAUUUCUGCCGGGUCUCGCGAGUCCGGAUCCCUAUUUAACGUUUUUUCUACACGUCGUUUGCACAUAGUUCUAAAAAAUUAUUACAUAGUUCUAAAGAAUUAUUUUCCCCGGAACUGGAGGCUUCUAUAGAUUAUUUAACGAGUAAAUUAUUGUGCUGUACUAUAAUAUUGUCCAUUAAGUUAAGUAUUUAUAGUUUGAUACUGUCGUAGUAGUGAACAUGUUGGGACUUGGGACCGAUCCUGUUGCUUACGAUCCUCAGUGAACUCGAGUCAUGCAGGCAUGCGGCUUGCGGCGCGGGCGGCGUGCGGUGAGCGCGUCGGGUUUCACACUGAAGGCCUAAACUUAGCACCGUGCUCCAUACAUAUCUAGAUAUCUCAGAUGAUCGCCACUAAAGUAUACUCGGUGGUUUGUUAUGAUUUACUUUUCGGUAGUUUGACCUACCGAGCAGCAGGUACUGCGAUGUGACAUCACAGUAU